AUGAAGCUGAUCCUUUCUCUGACUCUCAUCUGGGCGCUCUCCAGCACAGCUGGAGCACUUCUGUGUCAAACCUGCACAAAUCCAGACUGUUCAACCACAGUAACAUCAACAUGUCUGACAGAGACCAUGUGUGCGACAGCUUCGAUUCAAAACACUUCAGUUGGAGUUACAGUCUCACAAAUCGUCAAGGCGUGUGCACCAUCCUCCGUGUGUCCAGCUACAGGCUCUCGGACAUUUUCAUUUAACACGGGUGUUGUGAGAGUAAUUGCAUCUUUUCAGUGCUGCAACACAGAUAACUGCAACACAGACAAUCUACCUGCCCCUGGUCCUCAGCCAAACAGCCUAAAGUGUUUCACUUGUAACCCCUUCACCUCUGAAUGCAACUCUAAAUUAGAUUGUCAGGGAGUGGAGGACCGCUGCGUAAAAUUUAAUGUGACGAAUGGAGCCACUAAUUCUUCAGUCUUUGGCUGUGCAUCUGCAAACCUGUGUACACUUAAUGCCAAACAGAGUUUCCUACCUUCCUUGCAAAGUGUUGGUAACAUCACCAGUGGACCAUUCUGCUGUGGGACCAGUUUGUGUAAUGCUGUUACAACAAUUGCAAGUGACGCCGGCUGUAUGAGUCUGCUGCUCGGAAUCCUCAUCUUUACCCUCCGUUUUUUUGAAGUCUGAUUUUGGGUUUACUGCUCUCUUACAUCUGAAGUUGGCAGUUAGUGGGGCUAGAAAAUCCAAAUUAGGAAAUCAGGGAUGGAGUCUGGAUGAAGCUGAGGUGGGACUCAAAGGCAGAAAUGAAAUAGACACACAUACACGUGUACACACAACAGAGGGGAUACUACCUUUUUCAUGGCUUUAAUUUACUGGGUACAUAAUCAAAAUAAAUAAUAGAGUUUUUAAUCAAACCUAAUUGAAUGCUGUAUAUAUUAACUGUAUAACAGUAUAUUAAAGUUGAGAUUUUGUUGCA